AAGAGAUAGGAUAAGAUGCUUGUGAAGAUAAUUAAGCUAAUAAAAAAACAUCAAUCAAACUCUUUGGAAACUUAUCAUAUUCUUUCCCAAAACUGUAAAAAAAUCUAUUUUACAUGAGUCCAAGAUUCUCUCGGCUGGUUCUUGUUUAUAAAGAGGAACACGGACAAAGGCAAUAAUAGUUUAGUUGAAGCGUCUGUUUGGUUUCAAAGCGAUCGUCUUUAAUGGAGGUGAUUCACGCAUGGUCUGCUCCAAGAUCACUCAGCACCACUCUUUUGUACUCCUUUGCCCAGAGAGAUGACAUUGAAGUCCUCGACGAGCCAUUAUACGCUGCGUUCCUCAAGUCUACGGGUGUUGAUAGGCCAUACAGAGAUGAGCUUCUCUCUAAAAUGGAGUGUGAUGGAGAAAAGGUGGUGAAGGAUAUCAUUUAUGGUCCAGGAAAGAAGAAAUAUAGGUUUUGUAAGCAUAUAUCGAAACAGCGGCUUCUUGGUUUGCCGAGUGAACUAAUGAGUAAAGGAAAGCACUUUAUAUUGAUACGCAAUCCCCUUAACAUAUUGCCUUCUUUUGAGAAGGUACACCCUUCAUCGUUUCACGAAUUGGGAUUAGGAGAGUUAGUAUCGAUAUACAGUGAUCUCUGUCAGAUGGGAACACCACCAGCAAUCAUCGAUGCAGAUGAGCUCCAGCGAGAUCCCGAGGUUACACUACGCAGUCUUUGCGAUGACUUAGAGAUCCCGUUUCAAGCCUCUAUGCUUAAAUGGGAGGCUGGUCCUAUACCAGAAGAUGGACUUUGGGCUCCAUGGUGGUACAAGACUCUUCACAAAUCAACGGGGUUUUCUUCUCCGAAGAAGUACCCUCAGACUUUCCCUUUAAUGCAUUACGAUUUGCUAGAGCAAUGUUUACCGCUAUACAACAUUCUCAGGCGCCAAGUGAAGCACAAGUCAUCUCUCUUGACCAGCACCUUAACUCCUCCCAGUCUCCCGGUUCCUGAAAAUGCUAAACUUCUUGCUUGGGUUGGUGAUGAGAUUGUGCCACGUGAGAUGGCAAAGGUUUCUGUUUUUGACUCGGUCGUGCAAGGUGGUGACUCUGUAUGGGAAGGUCUUCGAAUAUAUAAAGGAAAAGUAUUCAAGCUUGAAGAACAUCUAGACCGGUUGUCUGAUUCAGCAAAGGCUCUGGCUUUCAACAAUGUCCCAACCCGCGAGGAGAUAAAAGAAGCCAUCUUCAGAACUCUCAUAACCAAUGGGAUGUUUGACAAUACACAUAUAAGACUGUCUCUAACUCGAGGCAAAAAGGUCACUUCUGGAAUGAGCCCUGCAUUUAACCGUUAUGGAUGUACUUUGAUCGUGCUUGCCGAAUGGAAGCCUCCAGUAUAUGACAAUGAUGGCGGAAUUGUGCUAGUGACUGCAACUACACGCCGCAAUUCACCCAAUAAUUUAGAUUCCAAGAUUCAUCACAACAACCUCCUCAAUAAUAUACUUGCAAAGAUUGAAAGCAACAAUGCCAAAGUCGAUGAUGCAAUCAUGCUUGACAAGGAUGGCUUUGUGUCUGAAACCAAUGCAACCAACAUUUUCAUGGUGAAGAAAGACCGAGUACUCACUCCUCACGCAGAUUAUUGUCUACCGGGCAUUACCCGAGCUACUGUCAUGGAACUGGUGGUGAAAGAGAACUUCAUCUUAGAAGAACGUAGAAUUAGCUUGUCGGAAUUCCAUACAGCUGAUGAGGUAUGGACUACAGGAACUAUGGGAGAACUCAGCCCGGUUGUGAAAAUUGAUGGGCGUGUGAUCGGUGAAGGAAAAGUAGGACCGGUAACAAGAAGACUGCAAAGUGCUUACAAGAAACUGACGGAUGGUUCAGGUGUCCCAAUACCUACUUACCAAGAACCUUGAACCAUGUGUUUGGUCGUAGAACAUGAAAGAGAUUCUAAGAGAAAAACAUGGCAUACGAACAAAACGGCACGUAAUACAGAGGAAAGCUGUGGUGUUAUACGAUUGUGAAUAGAAAGUGCGUGCUGUUUUUAUCUCCCAGACUCUCAUUUGCUGGUAUUGGUCAAUGUAAUAACAGUUUGGUCACGAAUCCAAGUCAAGUCAGCCUCUCUUGUUUGACUUUUCUCUUUUUCUCCCACAAUAAUGGCAAUGCUUGCUGCUUAUAUUCUUA